AUGAUAUCCUCUCAACAACAACAACAAACAACUCUCUCACACACAAACCCCUCUAAUUUCCCUCCAUGUGCCCUUUGUACUGAAUCUGUACUAUACCCUAACCCCGCUUUAAACCCCGAUUCAAAUUCAGAUUUAGAUUUAGAUUUAGAUUUAGAUUUAGAUUCAGAAUCAGACCAUAACAAACAACAACAACAACAACAACAACAACAACAACCACAAUUCCUCCUAGAUGAUAUCGUUCUAAAUAAUUGCCCUGCUUCCCAUCAUUUCCAUUGGGAUUGUAUCACUUCUCAACCUGGUCCUAACGUUGACUGGUGCCCUGCUUGUAUACAAACCCCUUCAAACCCUAUACUAUCUUCCCCACCUCAACCUUCUUCAGGUUAUGUCGCUUCACCUAUCGGUCAAAUCUUAGCCUCAGUAACUACAACUGAAGGAGGUACUGUCCAAAAUUAUGAUAUUAAACCUGAUAUGUUAGCUGAACGCUCUUCUCCUUUCCCUCGUGCAAUCUCUGUUAUUCGUUCCCAAAUUGAAGACUCUGCUACUGAAGAAGAAGAAGAAGAAGAAGAAGAAUCUACUUCAACUUCAACUUCAACUUCAACUUCAACUUCAACUUCUUCAAACAAUACUAAUAAUAAUACUGAAAAACUUUCUCUUCAAAGAACUAUCGCAAGAAUCCCUCCUGCCCUUCUUGUUGCUGCUGUUUUUGAAUCAUGUGCUGCCGGUGACCCUGAAGCUCUACUUGAACUUCUUACCCUUAUGCCCACACAAGCUGAUACUGCCGCUUUAGCCCGUCAACCUCUUAAUCAAGCUGUAGCUGCUGCCGUCCCCCCACCACAUCCAUCUGAUCAUGGUUCUGCAGCUUACAUGUAUGCCGUACAUGGCCCUUUUUCUUCUUCUUCUUCUCCUUCACCUUGGACUCCUCUUUGUGAAGCUGCUGUAAAUGGAAGAUCUUAUAUUGUUCGUAUUCUAACUCAAGCAUGUCCUGACUGGUCUCGGGAAGAACUUGAAACUGCUGCACAGGUUGCAAUUUCUACAGGGCGUCCUGAUAUUGCAGCACUUUUAAUAGAUUUUUAA